GCGGGAACCCGAGACCCCGGACCGCGCACCUGCCGUCAGGUGCCCGACCGCGAACGCGCAGCGCGGGCCGGGGCUCUUCUUUUUCAGGCCCAGGAGCGCGUCCCCGACCCUCGCCCGCCUCAUGCCCGAGCUGGAGGCAGGGGUCCUCCCGGGGGGCGGCGCGGAGGGCGGGCCCGGCGCCCCCUGUCCUGACCUCCCCACCUGCUUCGCCUGAGCCCGCGGAGAUCCGCUGCGAGGCGGGAAGACGGGGGCGAAAAUAAACGGCCACGUGCAGGGGAGCGCGUGGUCGCGCAGGGCCCACCCGGGCACGUCCACCUGGGUGCUUCCGCCGGCUCGCCCGGUGCUGCCCUGCCUGGCGGUGGCUCCCCACCCGAGCUCGGGGAGAGGGGGCGGAAGGGCAAGGAGAAGCGGCCUUGUGACCCAUGUCACGUUCUGUGCAGCUGACCCGCCAGGGGUUCCCCGGAGGGAGGCCCUGAUGUGGAAGCUUUGGGUGGGGAGGGGGAUAGGGCGAACAUGCCCCUUCCCCCGAACCCCGGGAACCGCGUCUCCGUUUCCUCAUCGAUCCAGUUUCCAAACCCUUCUGUUCGGGUGACUGUGCCCAGGUUAUGACGACUAAUCCCAAACCAAACAAGGCAUUAAAGGUCAAGAAGGAGGCGGGCGAGAACGCCCCGGUGCUCAGCGAUGAUGAGCUGGUGUCCAUGUCAGUGCGGGAGCUGAACCAGCACCUGCGAGGCCUCACCAAGGAGGAGGUGGUCCGCCUGAAGCAGCGCCGGCGCACCCUCAAGAACCGCGGCUACGCUGCCAGUUGUCGCAUCAAGCGGGUAACACAGAAGGAGGAGCUGGAGCGGCAGCGGGUGGAGCUGCAGCAGGAGGUGGAGAAGCUGGCCCGUGAAAACAGCAGCAUGAAGCUGGAGCUCGACGCACUGCGCUCCAAGUACGAGGCCCUGCAGACCUUCGCCCGCACCGUGGCCCGUGGGCCCGUCACCCCCACCAAGGUGGCCACCACCAGUGUCAUCACCAUAGUCAAGUCCGCCGACAUCUCCUCCACCUCCGUGCCCUUCUCCGCCGCCUCCUAGUGGCUGGCCGCGGGGGCGGGGGGGCG